CAGACAGCGCGCAAUUUGCGUCCUCUGUUCUGAAUGAAAUUGUAAAAUCUACAAAGGUGGCGAUGAUCAUGAUACUCAUUUUCGUCAUCACUUCUUAGCGUCAGACAUCCCGGCGGCUAUCACAACAGUUUUAGUGACGCAGCGUUCUCAGGUCUGUGCACAUUUCAGAUUAUUCGCUUCCCUGUACAGAAGAAAUCAUCUCUACUCUGAAGGAAAGAGGGGGAAUUAUUUCCGCGAAAGAAGACACCUUCCAAAAGGCGUGAUUUGCGUGCCAUGAUGCGCCCUGUGCAAAAAGUAGUUCCGGGCGGGCGCCGUGUUCCCGGAUGUUCGCUGUCGAUCGCAGAGCGGACGGGAGACGGUGGAGAAACCGAGGGACGAAACUGACCGAUACGCCGGCUGGGGCGCAGCAGGUCCGACUCGUGACAGGCGACGGCGGUGACACCGCAGUGCGAGCGGAGCGCAGUCCAGCCUUGCCCAGCCCCUGAGGGGGGUGGGGGACAAGCAGCGGCGGAGGAGGAGGCGGCGGCGGUGGUGGUGGUAGUGGUGGCAGCGAUAGCAGCAGCAGCGGCGGCGGCGGUAGCAGCAGAAGCAGCGAGAGUAGAAAAGAAUCCGGACCGGUCCAGCACCACCAACCUGAAGUAUAUAUAAAUCACAACAUUUGGAUUCUUAACUUCAUCUCCAUCUGUAUCUUUUGGAGUACUUUUAUAGUUUCACAAUGACGUCAGAACUGGAGAGCAGUCUCACUUCCAUGGACUGGCUACCACAGCUCACAAUGCGAGCAGCCAUCCAGAAGGCAGAUGCAGCCCAAAAUGCUCAUGGGCCAGGCAUGACUAAGAAAAAUGCUUUACUGGACCCCAAUACCACUCUGGACCAGGAGGAAGUACAGCAGCACAAAGAUGGAAAGCCUCCUUACAGUUAUGCUAGCCUCAUCACCUUUGCCAUCAACAGCUCUUCAAAAAGGAAAAUGACUCUCAGUGAGAUUUAUCAGUGGAUCUGUGACAAUUUCCCAUAUUACAGAGAAGCUGGAAGUGGAUGGAAGGACACAUUUAAGAACUCCAUCCGGCACAAUCUGUCACUGAAUAAGUGUUUUCUCAAAGUGCCUCGCUCUAAAGAUGACCCAGGAAAGGGGUCAUACUGGGCAAUUGACACAAACCCAAAGGAGGACACGCUGCCCACACGGUCAAAGAAGAGGCCACGGUCUGGAGAGCGAGCCUCAACACCAUACAGCUUGGACUCUGAUUCUUUGGGAAUGGAUUGUAUCAUCUCUGGAAGUGCCUCCCCUACUCUGGCAAUCAACACUGUGACAAACAAAGUAACAUUGUACAACACGGAUCAGGAUGGAAGUGACAGUCCCCGAAGCAGCCUUAACAACAGCCUUUCUGACCAGAGCCUGGCAUCAGUGAAUUUGAACAGUGUGGGGAGUGUUCACAGUUUUACACCGGUGCCGAGCCAUGCAGAGCCUGUGUCCCAGUCUAUGAAUCUCCAGCAACAGCAACAGCCACCACCUCCACCACCUCAAGCACAAUAUAGCCUGCCAGAACGGGAUAAACAACUCCUAUUUUUGGAGCACAACUUUGAAGAUCUCAGUGCCUCCUUUCGCAGCCUUUAUAAGUCUGUUUUUGAGCAGUCAUUUAAUCAGCAAGGUUUAAUGAACAUGCCCUCAGAUGCAACACAACAAACCCACACCUCUUGUUCUUUUCAGCACUCCCCAGUGAGCCCACACACGCACAGCAGUCAGAACAGCCUCACUAACAGUGGUGGACAGGUUCCAUUGUCCCAUCCCCCUCAGAUACACACACAGAACACACAUCCUGCUCACACUUCUCCCCACCCUCAGCAACACACACAGCAUCUUUCACAACAUGGGCAGCAUCCUUCCCAACAUACCCAGCAGCAUGGGCAGCAUUCAUCCCAACAGCACGGACAGCAUCCAUCACAGCAUCCAUCCCAGAACCAUGGACAGCAUCCUUCCCAACAUCCUCAACAGCAUGGACAACAUCCACAGCAGUCUGGGCAGCAUGCUCAGCAUCCCUCACAGCAUCAGAAUGCACAGCAGCACCAUCAGAACCACCACCAGCAGUCACUGUCACACCAGGCUCAUGCACAGCAGCAGCAGAUGUCAUGUAAUGCAGGUUUACUUUCUGACUGGUACCCCAAUCUUGAUGCACUAAAGGAAAGCUGCCGCAUUGCCAGCAGUUACAACUGGGCAGAUGUUGACCUCUCACCAUUUCAAGGAUUAAAGGAGAGCAUGAGACAAGCAGAUCUCAAUAACUGGUCACUGGACCCUGCCCAGAUUGCAGAUCUUUGUUCUUCCAUUAACCAGUUUUUUACCCGGACAGGGGUGAUCCCACCUCAAGGGACUAUCCAAACUCCAGUGUGCCAUAGCACCAUGCAUUCGAACAAGACUGGCCAGCACAUUGCCACAGGAAACAUGUAUAUAGACACUAGGCAGAACCUUCAUGCUCCCAUGAUGGGUCCCCCAGGUUACCCCCACAUGCCACCAAUGAGCAGCGCAGGACCCGCUAUGACAGGACAUCAUGCCACUAUGAACCAACAGCACAUGAUUCCUCCAGCCAACUUCCAGAUGAGGCGACUUCCUACUGAUGACAUCCAGGAUGAUUUUGACUGGGAUUCCAUUGUGUAAACUCCUCCUAGUGAAUUUAUGGAGACAGAAGCAGAUAAUUUGCUAGGCCGUGCUGUUCGCAUGCUGUAAAGUGGGAGACAAUCCAGACGAGAAACUUCGGAAGAACAGGUGUUGUUUCGAUGAGAACCUUCGGAGUCCUAAUCCUUUAAAAAAAAAAAAAAAAGUAAAUGAAAAGGUUACAUUGAAGACAAUCAAAAUAUUUAGUAGGACAAAUUUAAAUUAUCACUUUGCACUUGUCAAAAGACAAGUAGUUUAUGUUUUGUCUGAUUUCACCCCAUUCUUCCUACUGCAGAGCUCUUUACAACUUCUUAUUACUGUUGUGUAAUUUGGACAUCAUCUUGCAGCUUUCUUGUGUUGACUGAAAAGGGCCUCAGGUGCUGCUUGGACAUGGCUGCUUCCCUUACAUCCGCGUAGGCUCAACCACCCCCACCCCCUAUUUCCCCUCACUUAACCUUUGAGAACUAUGUGUUUGCUCCUGCCGAUGAAGAAGAUAAGUUCAAGGAGCUGUGAGGGGAGCUUUGUCUUUUGUCUCUCACUCUCUGUCAUCUUUUGCCUUGUCCAGAGCAGUGAAGAGAAUGCCACAUAGGCAAGAGACUUGCCAGUACAGCUCAUAAUAGUACUUUUCAUUUGCUGCUUGAAAAGAUGGCUAUUGUAUGCAGAGUGGUGUGAGUCUCUUUCAGAGGUAUCAGUGAUUUGUUUGUUUGAGUGUGUUGUCUGUUUGUGUCUGUAUGUCUGUUUUGUCUGUAAUGGCCUUUAUGUUGAGUGACCAUGGCGCAGCACACUGCGGACUCCCAGCAAUAACUAUUGUUAAAGAAUUGAUAUCUGGACUGGCAAGCUGACCUCGUUCCAUUAAGCUGUGUGAAGAGACAAUCUAAAACCUACAAAGGAUGUUUAUUUGUUGUGAGCUCAGGAGUGUGCAAGUUGAUGGACUGUAUGUUUCUCUGCUGGUUGUUUUUCCUUAUUUGCCUUGAAGUCAGCCUCUAGGAUGUGGCUGUCUGUUAUUUCUUUUUGAGACCAGCCUCGUCUUACUUUACAUCUAUUAAAUGGGCAUGAUUGCCAGAGCAGUUUCACCUCCUGGUAGGAGCAAUUAAUAUCUGUGGUGCCUGCCGAGUAUGACAAUGUUAAAGAUGUGUGUAAUGUCUCUAUCAGCGAGACCCUAGGCAUUACAGGAUGUAGCUCCAUCUCCUUCCCUUCCAAUAUUCAAGCCCACUAUGUCUUUGGUGUACGCAGUGUUACUUUUAGUUAGUUGUCUCAAUGAGAAGUGCAAGCUAGCCAAAAUAAGUAAUGACAGAUGUCAUCUUCUGUUAUGCACACAGACCGAGAUGGCAGAGAUUUUUGGCAGUUUUUCUUAGGGUGUAAUUUUAAUAGGCUUCCUGGGUUGGCUUUCCUUCAACUUCAUACUAUGUCAAGGGCUUUUGUUUUGCUUUACCUGUCUGCUGAGCUUUUAAAUACUUCCUCCUUCAUAGCCUGCUUUGGAGAGCACAUUAUAGGAAACUGACCCAUUAGUCACAGGGCAGGAAAAGAGGGUUCUGAGAGUAUGGACUUGUUUUUGUUGAGAUGUCAUGGCAAACUGUGUCCUCUGCUUGGCUAGCUCUUUGUUUUCCCAAAGUCAAGAAGGAGGUGCUUUGUGUACACUGAUGACAUUGUUACCCUCUUGCCUGUACCAUCCUGCAUUUUAACUGAAGCAGUGAGAUAUUUACCACCAUUCCCAAAAACAUGCUGAGGAUGAGCCCUGCUUGCUGCUGAUGUUUGAUUUUAGUCUGCUUGUUUGUCUUCACAUUCUGCCAAUUACUAGAUGUGUCAUUGUGUUGCAAAAGCGGUAUUUUGGUGAUGUACUUUCUUGCUUAUCAUGAAAUACAUUAGAACAUGACCGACUGAUUGAGCAACUUCCCUCCUGCCUAAAUGUUGCAGGUUUGCAUGUGGAGCCUAUGUUUGCAAAGUGGUAACAAAAGUCAAGGAGCAAAAGUAGUAAAGAGCAUCUCUGUCUGGCAGCAUUAUACCAGUGUGUUAGCAAGAAAGGCAUUGUGUGCACUGACAGGAAGGAGAGGUCAGCGUGAAUCUCCAUUUUUGUGUAUCUUUAGCCCUUGUCUGGAAAGAUGUCUUGGAUGUUUCAGUAAUAAUGACAUGUUGAAAGUGGUGGCCAUUCUCUAGAGCAUGUCUCUAUCUGACAGAAAAUUUCUUAGAAAUUGAAAGGGUAUCAGGGUGUAGGGAAAACCAGGAUUCAAGGGUGGCAGCCAGCUUGCACAUUGGCAUUUUCAAUCCCAUACCCACUUGCUUGCUGCCCCAGACUGUUCAGUCCUGCCUUUGUGUCCACAGGUGCUUCCAGCUCCUUUCAAAAAAUACGCUGCACACAUUAGCAUAAUAAUGAAAACUGUGCCUUCUGGCCUUGGGGGUGCGUGGCAUUUUGCACAUUUUUUUUUCUCAAACAUACAUAAGGAGUAUGUGAGGGGUUGGACUGCCGACCCUUUACAAAGCAGUCAAUAGAGGAAGGACAUAAAAGAAAAAAAAUCUGUUGCUGCCACAGAUGAAGUGAGAGAGUGGCAUGUUACACUACGGGAUAAAUGGGGAGCAAGUCCGCUGGCGAGGCCUCUCUAUUCAGUGUCGCGUUGUUAGUGUGCAUUAUUGUAAAUACUUGUCUCUUUUUUGUCUUCUCUUUCCUCUGGGUGGGGAGGGUAUAUCCAUGAUGGGAAACGGUUUACAGGCUGUUGAAAGAAUACAGAGUAUUUUGUUAUUGUUCCUUCAGAGGGUGAUUUGUACAUAUCUAUAUUGUAUAUAUGUGAUGAAAAUGCUUUUUGUGUGACACUACCUUCUACCUGUACUACAGUUUUACAGUCAGUGUUUUAAUGUUUAUAAAUUUUUAGUUUUUUGUUUUAUUUUUGUUAUUGCACGGUUUUAUUACUUUUGCUCUUCAAUGAAAUGACACGGUUAUUACUCUUUGUAUCAGUUUAGUGCUGUAAAAUAACUUUUAAAGUGUCAUUAAGAUUGUUGCUGCCAGAUCUGAUAUGCAUGAAUGGCACUUACAAGGAAAAAAGCAAAUAAAUAAAAUAUGUUAACUUCACUGUC